AUGCCCGCUCCAACCCUCCGCCCCUCGUUGUGCUGCACCGAAGAGAGUGAAGCCGGUGAGGGCUUUGGCGUGGCAAAUGGGCUGGAUGUCGUGCCACUGCCGACACUGCAGAUAGAAAGCUCCCAGCAUGCACACGAAUCUCUGCAAGCCGCCCGCGCGCAUCAGGAGCAGGCGCUGUUGAUGAUCAGCGAUGUCAUGCGACAUUUCGAGGAGCAGGCCGAGGAGGCCCUCCAGAAGGAUCGUUGCCAGCAUCAGGUCGCAGCCCACUACCAUGAUGAGUUCUACGCUGGAUGCGAGGAGUCGGAUGCUGCGAGCAGGGACCUGUCGGAAAUGGUGAAGCAUGCCUUGCCACCACCUGUGGGACGGAGAUCUCACAAACGAAGGACGCACCACCAGCCCAGAUAUCGUGCUUUGCUAGAAGAGAUGCGCACGGAACUGUUGCCCGCGCUCACUCUGAAUCAGGGCUUCAAAGUCUGUGUUGUCACGAGCUGCCAGAGGCUGGUAUCCUCUAGUUGGUUCGACUACCUCUUUGGCAUCAUCAUCGCUGUCAAUUCCAUCUGCAUUGGCAUAGAGGCUCAGGCCUCGAUAGAAUCCGCAGACGCCACCAUCUGGAUUGGGUGGCGUUGGCUUGACAUCAUCUUCGUGGUCAUAUACAUCAUCGAGAUUUCGAUUCGAUUGAUCGCCUAUGGAUGCACAGCAAGCUUCCACAAUGGUUGGUUUGUUUUUGAUUUUAUUUUAGUGGUCUUGGGCACGCUGAGUGCCAUCAUAGUCCCCAUUUCUUCUUUUGGCGAAUAUGCCUUCUUGGAAUCCGUGAUGGUCGUUCGAGCGCUUCGACUGCUUCGGCUCAUACGGACUCUGCGAAUGCUGCGCUAUUUCCGUACUGUAUGGCGACUGGUUUUUGGCCUAUUGACCUCCAUCAACACCAUCGCGUCUACUCUUUGCCUGAUUGUCCUGGUGAUUUAUAUUUUUGCAUGUCUGGGUAUUGAACUCAUCACAAAUGACACUCAGCUCAAAACUGUCCACGCGGAUGUGGAAGAGAUAGUGAACAAGCACUUCCGCUCAGUGCCCAUCACCAUGCUCACGCUUUCACAAUUUGUAACCCUGGAUUCUAUUGCCGCUGUCUAUUAUCCGCUUGUGGUCGAAAGGCCCUGGUUGGUGAUGUACUUUGGGGCCAUCGUGCUGAUACUCUCGAUUGCUUUGAUGAACUUGGUUACCGCUGUUCUUGUUGAGGGGGCACUCGAAAGCGCACAGCAUGACCGCGCGGCUGCCAAGCACGACCUGCACGAGAAGCUGGUGGACUGUGUUCCUCGAUUGCGAUCGAUCUUCAUCAGUCUCGAUGCAGAUGGCGAUGGUACUGUUUCACGCGAAGAGAUCGAGAGAGUACCGCUGGAUGUGCUUCCAGAGCGACUCUUUGAGCACAGCCAUGUCUCAAGCAUGCAGGAGCUGUUCGAGAUUCUGGAUGUAGAUGAUGGAGGGCAGUUGACUCAAGACGAGUUUAUUGACGGCUUGGUGAAUAUGUUUCUUCAGGACGCGCUUGUUUGUCAGUGCUGCAGUGCAACAAGGCGAAGCAACUGGUUGUCUUUUGAUCGUGUCGUACUGCAGGAAAUACCUGCGCAUGAUAUCCAAGUUCUGCGGCUUCUUCAAUCAGUCCAACAGCACAUGCGAAGCUUGAGCGAAGACAUCCAGAGAGUGAAAGGCGGCCUGGGCAUGUCUGUAUCACAAUCCGUCCUGGCUUCGAAUCUCGCCAAGAGAGGAAUUUGCAACAAAGAAGAUAUGGGUCGAGUCCACGAGAUGGUCGUCGAGAACUUCAAGUCGUACCACGACCGGGUACGCAUCGGCCCCUUCAAGAAGUUCACCUGCAUCAUCGGGCCAAAUGGGUCUGGAAAGUCGAACCUCAUGGAUGCUGUGAGCUUUGUUCUUGGAGUUCAGGCUCGGCAACUGCGAGGGGAACGACUCCGCGAUUUGGUUUACCGCACAGAGAAAGAGGACCCGAAGAAGAACCAGCGCACGGCGUCGGUUGAGCUUACCUAUGUUGAUGAUGCUGUAGAAGGUGACCAGACGUUGGUUUUCCGUCGGCUCAUCACCCGGUCUGGUGAAGCCAAAUUCCAGGUCAACAACGUGAAUGUGUCACAAGCUGAUUACCACAAGCGCCUGGAGGGAAUCAACAUCCUCUCAAAGGUGCGCAACUUUCUGGUGUUCCAGGGAGAUGUGGAAGCCACGGCCCAACGUCAGGGUAAGGACUUGACUGCAUUCUUCGAGCAGAUCUCUGGUUCGGAAGCCUUUCGUCAGGACUACGACAGCCUGGCAGCUGAAAAAGCCAAGCUGGAGGAACAAGCGCGGUAUUUGUUCACCAAGAAGCGGAAUGCUCUGAACGAGCGCAAGCGAAUCUCGCAGCAAAAGGAAGAGGCAGACGAGUACAAGCACCUCGAAACGCAACGGAACGACCUCCAACGGGAGUAUUGUCUCUUCCGAUUGCACAGCCUUUGCGCACAACUGGACAGCGCCACAGAAACACGAGAUGGAGCUGUGAAAGAGCGGGAGGAGCUACGCGAGCAGCUUGCGCUAGGCAAGAGAGAGCUGGAGGCAAGCGACAGGCAGCGUGCGCAAGCCCGGCUGGCCCUGCAGCAGGUCCAGAAAGAGCUCGGCGGCUUGAAAGCGAAGGCGGAGCGCCUCAAUCCCGAGCGCAUUGCGAAUCGAAGCCGCCAGAAGUUUUUGGAGCAGAGGCUAGAGGAGAUGACCCAGUCUGCUCAGCAGGAUGGACGCAGGCGGAACAAGCUGCAAGAUCAGCUGGAAAGCCUCCGUGCGGAAGAGGCAAAGCUGGAGGCCCGGCAGGAAGAUUUGAACAAGGGCUUGGCCGAGAGCAAGGUGACCUUCACAGCAGAUCAACUUGAGGAGUUCGAGCGUGUGAAGCAAGCCACAGAGAAGAUCACAGCAGCCAGUGGGGACGAGCUGCGGCAGAUCGAACAUCAGGUUCGCGCUGCGCGUGCGGAGAGAAUCCAGGCAGAGGGUGACCACAGGGAUGCUGUGGCACGGAAGGCGCACCUUCAGCACCGAGUCAUGGAGCUGAACGAGGCAGAGACCUCGGCGCAGGCGGCGCUGGAUCGGGGCACGGUGCUGAAGAAUGACCGCCUCAGGGAGCUGACGCAGCUUCGCAGCUCCGUCAGCCAUCGCUGCGACGAGAAGGAACAGCUGCAGCAGGAAAGGCAGCAGUUGGUGAACCUCAUCCAAGAUUUCACGGCGACGGAACGUCAGCUCGAGAAGGACCGUGAGCUGUCUCAGGUGUGCACAAGUCUGGCAGAGGCCUGCCCUGGAGUCUACGGGCGAGUUGUAGAUCUGUGCAAGCCGUCGCAAAAGCGUCUACACGUGGCCGUGAACGUGGCGCUUGCACGUUACCUGGAUGCGGUGAUCGUUGACAACAGCGGGACUGCCAGGGCAUGUGUUCGCUACCUCAAGGAGCGCAUGCUGCCCCCCAUGACAUUCCUGCCUAUGACGGAUCUCCGUAUUGGUGACCGAGAUCCACGUCUGCAAAGCCUUGUCCACAGUCAAAAAGGACUGCGACUUGCUCUCAAUUGCAUUGCCUUUGACGAAACGUUUGCCAGAGCUUUUGACUUUAUGCUUGGCGAUGUCGUUGUAGCUGAUACCAUGGCCGAUGGACGGCGCUUGGCUUUCGAGGAAGCGCGCAACCUGGGGGUGAGCUGCAAGGUUGUGACCCUCGCAGGUGAGGCAAUUGCCAAAAAUGGCAACCUGUCAGUCAACUCUGAUGCCACUCAAGAAGGCGCAACGCGCUUUGACCUCACCGAAGUCGAGGCGACCAGGUCUCGGCUCGAAGCCAUCGACAAGCGAUUGUAUGAGAUUUACUCCUUGGAGACAUCGGGCGGGAGUGAGGUGGCAUCGUUGGAGUUUGAUCUACGCCGUGUCGAGAGCAAGGCGCAGGAGUUGAGCACACGCUUGCAGCUUUGCCAAGAUGAGCUAAGACAGAAGCGAGAGGAACUCAGCGCCGUGGAGGCGUCGCUCGGCACCUUGCAACCUGAAGCGCAGCGCUUGGCCGCCGAAGAGGCCCGCCUCCGUGAAGAGCAGCGAAGCGUCGAGGCCCGCGUCUCCCAGGCCGUUGCUGGCCACUUCACCAGCUUGAGUCGUGCCAUGGGCGUGGAUGAUGUCCGGAAGUUGGAGCGUGAGUGGCGACGUGAACAAGAGGCGGUUGCCGUGCAGAUGUCGGAGCUUCAGCGGCGACUACGCAACAUCAAGGCUGAGAUCUCCAUGUUGCAGCAGACCAUUACAGAGCAGGCAACCAAGGACCCCCAAGAGCUUAUCGCAAAGUUCAGCAAAGAGGUGGAGCAGCUGCGUGAGAAGGAAGUUGGGCUGCAGCGUGACGCGGAGAAGCUGGAGUCGCAGGUUUCUGACUGCGAACAGCGCCUUGCAGAAAGCAACACGGCUGAGCGUGAGUGCGACAAGGCCUUGUCAGGACUGCGGCAGCGUGGCAAGGAUGUGCGUCAGCAGCUGAUGGCUAUUGAGAAGAAGGUCAGCGACUUGGGUUCAGAGCAGCAGGGCUUGAUCAGUGCCCGCUCGACAAUUCUUCGGCAGAGCCACGUGGAUGGAAUCGAGGUGCCCCUCUUGCGUGGGGGCCAAAAGGCUUUGCAGGAGUUGGCCGAGGAGAGCCAGUCCAUUGAUGCACCGACGCAGCACUCCCCUUCAACAGGGGAAGUUGAAGAAAUUGUGAUCGACUUUGCCCUGCUUCCAGAGGACAAGCGUGCCGCGUCCAAGGGCCCUGCGGCGCAGAUGUUGGAGGAGGAGUAUCGAAGCGAGCUGGAGCGCUUGCGCCUUGAGCUCGAGCGCCUGAGCCCAAAUCUGAAGGCGCUUGGGCAGCUGCAGGGAGUGGCGGAGAAUGUGCAGGCCGCAUCCCAUGAGGCGGAUGCAGCAAGAAAGGGCAUCGAGGACAUUGACCGGAAGUUUGAGACCGUGCGCAAAGCGCGCAAGGAGAAGUUCAUGGAGUGCUUUCAGAAGGUCUCGGCUGCUAUCGGGCCUGUGUACAGCCGUCUCACAGCAAACACCGGAGCCGAUGGUGGUUCAGCCUACCUGGACCUGGAGGACACCGAAGACCCGUUCAAUGGUGGUAUCAAGUACACUGCGAUGCCUCCAGCGAAGCGUUUCCGUGACAUGCACCUCCUCUCAGGAGGUGAGAAGACCUUGGCGGCCAUGGCGCUGCUCUUUGCAGUGCAGGCCUUCCAGCGGCCACCUUUCAUGGUCCUUGACGAGGUGGACGCGGCCCUUGAUGCCAAUAAUGUACGGGCUCUUUCAAAGUAUGUGGAGCAAGCAGACUGCCAGACAAUCGUGAUUUCCUUGAAGGACCGAUUCUUUGUGCGGGCAGAUGCCUUGGUAGGUGUGUGGAAGAACAAGCCCCAGGAGACCUCCUCGAUCCUGACCCUCGACCUGCAGAAGUACCAAGAGUCGGUGCAAUAA